AUGGCGAUGAACCCUGUUUGCAAGUUGGGGCGUCCAUCAAAGCCACUUCUCCUCUCAUUAUUUCGUCCUCACAACUUCCUGGAUCUCCAUCCGUUCCUUUCCUCCUUUUCGGGAGAUCCAGGAUCCAGACGCUACUGCUGUGUGACUGCUCUUGUUUUUGUUGCUGUUGUUGUUGUUCUUGCCACCGAUACAUCAGCCUCCCUUCCUAUACCUCUUCCCUACCACCCACUCCCGAUCUCCUCUACCCACCCCACCACCCCAACCAGCAGCAGUUCCUUUCGGCACCCUUGUCCCAAAACCCCACCCCAUCCCAUAACUUUAUCUUCGCCCCAACCUCGCCACUAUUUCAUUCCCACCAGCCACCUUCUUCAGCCACACAAUAGCAACGGCAGAAGCAACAGCGGGAGGGAGAGCAACGGCAGCGAGGGGAAGAACAACAACAGCAGAAGCAACAACAGCGGGAGGGGGGACACCUGGAGAAACAACGGCAACGGCAGACGCAACAUCAAGCCACGCAAUAGUAACAGCUUCGACAGGAGGAGGAGGAGGAGGAGGAGGAGGAGGAGGAGGAGAAGCAACAACAGGAACAGCAGCAGGAGCAACAACAGGAGGAGGAAAAACAGUAACAGCAGGAGGAGGAAGAGCAGGCGAACAACAACAGAAGCAACAUCAAGCCACAGAAUAGCAACAGCUUCGACAACAGGAGCGGGAGGAGGAGGAGGAGGAGGAGAAGGAGGAGCAACAGCAGAAGGAGGAGGAACAGCAGGAGAAACAAAAGCAGCAGCAGCAGAAGCAGGAGAAACAACAGCAACAUCAAGCCACACAACAAUAGCAACAGCUUCGACAGCAGGAGGAGGGGGAGGAGAAGCAACAACAGGAACAGAACAGAAGGAGGUAGAACAGCAACAGCAACAUCAACCCUACGAAUAA